AUGGAGGCCAAUGUUGUAAACAGAGGCAGAGCCAGAGCCAGAGCCAGAGGAGUGAGAGUAAGAGGAGGACGAUGGGGAGGACGAGGAAGGCCAAGGACAAUCAUUUCUGAUGAGAUCCGAGCAACUUUGGUUGACCAUGUGGUCAACCACGGCCUAACAAUGAGGGAGGCUGGGCAAAGAGUACAGCCAAAUUUGAGCAGGUACACUGUAGCAUCCAUCAUCCGGACUUUCCGCAAUGAGAAUAGAACUGAAAGAUUACCAACAAGAGGUGGACGGGGCCGUCUUCUGUCUCCUGAACAGGAAACAGAGAUCAUGAACAUGGUUCUUGAAAAUAAUGCCAUUACCUUACGGCAAAUACAAAGAAAAAUAAUAGAAAACAAUGAGAUAUUUCAAAAUAUUGAUAGGGUAAGUUUAUCAACGCUGGACCGUGUCUUGCACAGAAAUAAACUGAGGAUGAAGCAGGUCUACAGGGUGCCAUUUGAGCGCAAUUCAGAAAGGGUCAAAGAAUUGCGAUAUAACUAUGUGCAAAGAGUCCUUGAGCUGGAGGUGGAUGCAGUGGAGCACCAGUUCUUCUUCAUUGAUGAGGUUGGAUUCAACCUCACAAAAAGACGAAGGAGGGGAAGGAAUAUAAUCGGCCAGCGUGCAAUUGUUGAAGUCCCUGGCCAGCGCGGAGGGAACAUCACAAUGUGUGCAGCGAUGACCGACCAUGGCAUCAUCCAUCACCAUGCUACCCUUGGCCCCUACAACACUGCCCAUCUGAUCACAUUCCUGGACACCCUACACAACACACUCAUUCCACCAGAUCAGAUAGACGGCCCAGAGCAGCUCAGAUCCAAUUCUCUUCGCUUCAAGUCCACUACAGAUGUUUGUCCUUAA